ACGUCAUCCGUUGUGCUGCUGGCAGAAUACUAGUCAGCUGCACGAGCAAGACAGCAGCGCUGCCCGACCCGUGAACUGCGUAAAGAGCCGGUCUUUGGCUGUAGGUUAUCUACACAAAUGGAGAACUAAGAAUUUCGAUGGUAGAAUAUUUUUUGUGAAAUCUAGAAUGUGUUUCGAACGCAUUGGAAACUGAAAAUUGUGUAGUCUACGAACACGGACAGUCUCUUCAUGAACUCCAGCUUCACUCCAUUUAUUUGGAUUCUCUUUCGCAGUUCCACGUAUUGAGAUGAUCUAUUUUUGUGAUGGCGAGAGGUCUGUUUCCACGGGCCUGGAUAAAGAAAUCAUUAUUUUUCCAGGCUCGCAUCUCCUUUGUGCGGGUCAAAUACCUGUUCCUCACCUGGCUGACAGUGUUUGUCGGAGGCUGGGUGAUCUACGUCCAGUACUCCAACUACACCGAGCUGUGCCGAGGACAUGAGUGCAAGAACGCCAUAUGUGACAAAUACAGGAGAGGCAUCAUUGACGGCUCGGCCUGCAGCAGCCUUUGUGACAAAGACACGCUCUACCUGGGCAGGUGCCUCUCUACCAGCCCCAACAACCAGGUGUACACAGGUGGCUGGGGUGACGUGGACGGGGUGAUCCGCUGCCAGGUGGGGGAGGUGCUGCACUAUGAGCUGGGAGAGGAGCCGGAGCCCCGGAGAGAGGCUGCAGUCUUCGACAAACCGACCCGCGGAACGUCUGUGGAGAAGUUCCGCGAGAUGGUCUUCAAUCACCUCAAGUCAAAACUGGGCGAGCAAGCUAAUCUGGCCAGCCUGGUGACCCAAAUACUCAGCGUCGCCGACGGCAACAAGGACGGCCACGUCUCGCUCCCAGAGGCCCGUUCGGCCUGGGCUCUUCUCCAGUUGGACGAGGUGCUGCUGGGCCUGCUCCUCCAGGAACGGGGCCACACCCCUCGUCUGAUGGGCUUCUGUGGAGACCUGUACGUGACCGAGAGGGUACCCUAUGGCCCCCUUUACGGUGUCAGCCUCCCCUGGCCCCUGGAGGCCUGGGUCCCCAGUGGGGCCCGACGCAGCAUGGACCAGUGGUUCACCCCCUCGUGGCCCCGCAAAGCCAAGAUCUCCAUGGGCCUCCUGGAGCUGGUGGAGGACAUCUUCCACGGCAACUACGGCAGCUUCCUCAUGUGCGACCUGAGCGCCGGCCACUUCGGCUACACGGAUCGCCACGACCUCCGCCUCACCGACCCGAGGGCCAUCGUCUCCGAGGACGCGUUCAGGCGAACCAUGCGCGCGCUGCACUGCGAGAAGGACGACGACUGCUUGUUGGGGGCGGACUGCCAGACAUCAUGCGACGUGGCUCAGAAACGAUGCAGAGAGGAGGUGACCCAGCCCAACCUGGCCAAGGCGUGCAGGGCGCUGAGGGACUACCUCCUGAGGGGAGCGCCAACGGCGCUGAGGGAGGAGCUAGAGAGGCAGCUGUAUGCCUGCAUGGCCCUCAGGGGCUCAGCGGGCCAGAUGGACAUGGAACACUCGCUCAUCCUGAACAACCUCAAAGCUCUGCUGUGGAGACAGAUCUCCCAUACUAAAGACUCAUGAUGCUCAAAGAAUUGAGAUGUAAUUGACAAGUCUGCCACCGACACAGUGGCUUGGGAAGAGGAGCCUUUGCGGAAAUUAUUUCUAAAAACUCAACCACUCUGGUGGAUUGUUCAUUCAAGACGUACUAUAUUGUUUUAUCUACCACCCGUUUCAUGCAGCAUAGCAGUUGUUUUGGCGGUGUGACCGCAUUAGAGCUGUCAAAUCCACAAGUUGCUCCUGGCAUUAUACCUAUUUGAAAGGAAAUUACUGGAACUACCUUUAGAAAAGCUAUUUUUUCACUACUUUGUUUUGUAGUAAACAGAGGAAGAUGAGUGUUCCCAGUGACAUCAUCGGUGUGCAUCGUGUGAUUUUAACCAAUUAUGAGUAGGCAUUGCCUACUAAUUGGUUGUCAAUGGAAAUCUUCCUCUUUUUUUUUUACUACUUAAUGUGCCAUUUUCACAUUUUGAUGUUGGUGUGGUGCUGGAGAUACGUUGUACAAGUUCAAACACUAAUGUGAGAUGUAGUCUACACCUCGAUUAGGCUGAUGAAUGAUUUUCAAUGUGAGCUUCAUUAUUUCCCGUUCGGAACUUCUAAAGCGAGUGGCUUCAUGACAAUCAAAAGCAGCCUCUCACCGAUUUGACAGCUCUACCUCAGACACCGCCCAAACAUUAGCUAUCCGGGUGUCGGCUAUCGCUUGAUACGAUUUAAUCUAGGCAUGAGUCGUUGGAAGAAUGGACUACUACAAUUCAGGAUGCUGGGAAACUGUAGAGAUACUUGCUGUUUAUGAAGGAGCAUUUUGAAGUGAUAGUAUUAAGUACUUGUACAUUACAUGAAGACAAUGUGACCAAUAUAUCUAACCGUAUAGAAGUCUAUGGCUUUGUCCCAAUAAUCUUUCCUGCCAUGAUUUGAAAUGACCAGUAUUACCAUUUAGUCCAUACCUUGACCGAUCCAUUGUUUUUAGAUUCAUGGGAAGUAGUGGAACGAGUGUAUACUUCAGGAGGUAAGAUACUGGGACACACCCCAUGGAGUCAUCCACUUUGCUGGACAUUUUACCACCCUUCCUCACUUGAUGAUUUGUAUUGGCAUAUAGCAGUGCUGCAUCAACUGGACUAAUAAUUAAAGGCUCUUCAAAGCCCUCUGACAAAAGCCAGUUUGUGUACCAUGUACAUUUCUCAAACAUGCCAUAUUCUGAAAACACCAGACUUGUUAUCUACCACGUAAGGAGGUAGUGUACAUGAACUGCAUUUGACUUGCUGUUUCUACAUUCUUUCAAGCUCAAACUUAGUCACACUGUACAUAUUUUAAAAAGGAAACCCAGUCUCAUGUGGAUUCUGAAGGAGUUAAAUGCAGCUGUGGCCUUCGGUUUUGAGGAAUGAAUUGCAAUGUAGAUGUAUGUUUCCAUGUUUACCUUGAAGUUUGAACCAGCAUGAUUUUGCACAAUAAAAACCACAUACCACUCA